AUGACUACUCUGGAGAUGUUGGAGUCUAUCUCAAGCCCAGCAGUUGCAGAACUGCAAGGAGAGAAUGAACCCAGUACAUCCUACAUGUCGACGCCUGACACGACUACUCUGGAGACGUUGGAGUCUACCCCAUGCUCAGCAGUUGCAGAAGUGCAAGAAGAGAUUGAACCCAGUAAAUCAAGCCCAGCAAAUACAGUUUUGCAAAGUGGAAACGAAGUCAGCAACAAUGAUCAACCCUCUGCACCUAGCCCACCACCUACAAACAGUCAUUCCGUUCUGAGCGAAGAAUCCGCGGCUGGACCUGUUCAGCCAGUGGAACUCGCCAUCAUUCGUCAAGCUUAUGGACCAGGGUUGGCAAUCGAGGAUGAUGACUCCAGUGGUCUUUCCAGUCCUCCUUCUUCUCGCAGCCCCGUGUCCGGCUUUGGAAAAGAUGGUGAUGACGAAUACGGCGCCACAGCCUUGUUGUCUCUUCAGGACCAGACGCAACUACCUAGUAUACGAGCUCAACUUCCGGGCCAGUUCCCGAUACCGAGUCCUCCCACUGUAGGACGCCGUAAGCGCAGGGCAUCCAAUCCCGUCCCCAGCACGACAGCCUACACGAACCAACGACCUAAGCGCAAAACAACCAGUCGUCUAUCUAGUUCAGCUUUGGACAAAGCUUCUCGACCCGUGACAGCUUCGCCUAGCAGCUCACAAGUCAGUUGUUCUAGUUGCGGUAAAACCUGCAGAGACUCCAAGGUUCUUGAACAGCACAUGCAAGAAGCCACAGUGCACAUUGGCAACGUAUGUCGAUGGCCCGGCUGCAGCCAUAUUGCUCCGAGUAGCAGAGCUCUAAACAAGCACAUCACUGAUCAUAAUACAGAAUUAAAACCUCAGUCCGAUAGCAACGUUUUCAAGUGUAUGUGGCCGAAUUGCGGUAAAACCUUCACUUUGGCAGAAACUCUAGCACGACACCUUCGAGCCCACCAAAUCUCGGCAAGCCAAGCGACUGAGAAUGGCACCACGCAGGCCUAG